AUCACUGGCGACGAGUUAUUUAUGUACCCACUUUGUGAAAAUAAUUGUCCAAAAUGUCGUUUUCACAGUUCGGUGUUUUAUCGUGUUUUGAACAUAGUGAACAGUCUUGGAAGACUUACAAGAGUCGCAUAACGCAAUGGUUUAUCGCUAACGAUAUCAACCAUUUGACUGAUGCGACGGGAGUUAAGCGACGCGCGAUUUUGCUAAGUGCUUUCUCUGAAAGUACCUAUAAAUUGGCGUCGGACCUGGCGCUGCCAAAAGAGCUGCAGGAGGUUCCCUACCCUGAUAUCCUCGAUCUACUGGAUGCUCACUUCACACCGAAGCGCGUUGGCUUCGGCGAACGACAUAACUUCUACGCUGCAGUUCAGCAGCCCACCGAGUCGUUCACGCAAUGGGCGGCUCGACUGCGGGGGCUCUCGGCACACUGCGGGUUCAGCAACCUCGAGGAAGCCUUACGCGAUCGAUUCGUUAUGGGCAUGCAGCACGGGAUCGAGAAGGAGAAAAUCUACGCCAAGGAUCUGAGUGGCCUGACCCUGGCGAAGGCCGUGGAUUUGGCCGAAAACAUCAAGUGCGCGCGCGCGGGCGCCGCCAGCGCAGCUGCCGCAUCGUGCAGCAGCUCCGUCGUCACGGUGCCUCCGGUCGCGCUGUACAAGAUCGGACAUUCGAGUGCUCGCGGUCAAAGUGUUAGUGAAAAUCGGUCGAAAGAAGUGAAGUGUACAGUGUGCGGUUACUCUAAUCACAGUUCGGAAGACUGUCGCUUUUCUAACCACACCU